AUGGAUGCUCAACCAGACACCAAAGUUCUGAUCUUCGGUUCGCAAACACUAUUCCCCAGAGAGGAGUCGUUCACGGAACUACGAGCAACGUUAUUAUCCAGCUCUGCAUUCCAGUGGAUCGUGGACGUCGUAUGCGAACUUCAAGGUCCUCCCGCCAGUGCAGUAGCGGACGUGUUCUGCCACUUGGACCUUGUGCACGGGGCAAGGCUGCUGGACAGUUGGAUUAAGACUGGGCAUUUACCCAGCCCCCUCCCAAACAGCGUGGUUACUCCCCUGGUAGUAAUUGGCCACUUGGUGCAGUUCAUCCAAUACAAGGAACUAUCGAGGCUAUCCAAUUCUGAGAGUGUCGAAAGCCUCGGUUUCUGCACGGGUCUUCUCAGCGCCUUUGCCAUCUCCAGCUCACGGGAUGAGGCCCAGAUCCAGAAGCAUGGAGCUGCUGCCAUACGAUUAGCAGCUUUUGUCGGCACUAUUGUCGACGCAGACAAUUUCGCUGAGGGCACUGAGGAGGAGGCUGUCUCUCUAUCGGCCGCCUGGAAGUCAACUGAUGGAGAAUCAACUCUUAAGUCUAUUCUUAGCAGUUAUCCUGAGGCAUAUAUUUCAGUCAACUACGACCUGAGGCGCGCAACCAUUACCACUUCAUCAAGAACCGUCGUCACCUUGAUAGAACAACUCAACGACGCUCGAGUGGCCGCAAAUGAAAUUGGGCUAUCGGGACGAUUCCACAGCCAAGUGCACGAGGAUGAGGUGGAAGAUUACAUCAAGUUUGUGGAAUCACACAUUUCUUUCCAGCUGCCAGACGCGUCUGAGCUCCACCUUUCUACUCGUUCCAACAACAACGGGGAGCACAUAAAGCACGGCAAGCUCCACGAAAUCGCCCUUCGUUCUAUGCUUGUCGAUACAUCGAAUUGGUACGAGUCGGUUUCAGCAAUUUACUCGUCAUCCUCUCGGAGUGAAAAAUCCAAGGUCGUGGUUUUUGGUGCUGACAAGUGCGUUCCCUCAUCACUGGCCUCCAAGCUUGGCGCUGGUCUCAUCCAUGUUGCCGAUUACGAUGAUCGUAUCCUACGACUUUCUGGCAAUAAGGCCAACAUUCCCGAUAAUCGGAUUGCUGUGAUUGGAAUGGCAUGCAACGUUCCAGGAGCCACGAAUAUUCAGGACUACUGGGAUCUUCUCUGUGAGGGCAAGUCUCAGCACGUUGAGGUUCCCAGUGAACGAAUAAAAUUCAACUCUAUCUGGCGCGAGACUGAUAAGAACAAGAAGUGGUAUGGAAAUUUCAUCCAAGACUAUGAUUGUUUUGACCACAAAUUCUUCAAAAAGAGCCCCCGGGAGAUGGCCUCUACGGAUCCCCAGCAGCGACAGGUCUUGCAGGUUGUUUACCAGGCUGUAGAGCAGUCCGGAUACUUCAGUUCCCUCAGCCGCCACCCCAAAGGCGAGGAUUUGAAUAUUGCGUUCUACCUGGGUGUUGGCCUGGAUGAUUACGAGAAGAACAUUGCGUGCCAUCCAGCCAACGCAUACUCAGCUACGGGCAAUCUGAGGAGUUUUGGAGCGGGCAAGGUGAGCCACUACUUUGGUUGGACUGGGCCGAGUCUGACUCUUGACACUGCCUGCUCUUCAUCCGCAGUCGCAGUCCACCACGCUUGCCGAACUAUUCUGUCCGGAGAGAGUGUUGCAGCUGUUGCUGGAGGCGUGAACAUCAUGACCGGGCCUGAUUGGUACCACAAUCUUGGUGGAGCAGGAUUUUUGAGUCCAACCGGACAGUGCAAACCAUUUGACUUCAAGGGAGACGGUUAUUGCAGGGGCGAGGCCGUGGGCGCCGUCUUCCUCAAGAGGUACACGGAUGCCGUUGCAGAUGGCAACCAGGUGCUGGGCGUCAUCGCGGCAACUUCUGUGACGCAGAACAGGAACUGCACCGCCAUCACCGUUCCGGAUUCGCCCUCUCUAGCAGACAUGUUCCGCUCCGUUACCCGCCAAGCAGGGUUGGAACCUAAGGAGGUUUCCGUUGUCGAGGCCCAUGGCACUGGAACCCCAGUUGGCGACCCGGCUGAGUAUGGGGGUGUUCAUGCAGUAUUUGGCGGCGCCCAACGAUCCAACACUCUCGCCCUUGGUUCCGUCAAAGGUCUCGUUGGUCACACCGAAUCUGCGUCAGGUUUGACAUCACUUAUCAAGUCUUUGCUCAUGAUUCAUCACGGUUACAUACCUCCCCAAGCCAGCCACGAUACCAUCAAUCCCAGUUUAAAGAUGACUCCAGAGGACAAGAUCCAGAUCCAUACCAAGUUGACACCGUGGGACGUCAAGUUCCGGGCCAUGCUCAUCAACAACUACGGUGCUUCUGGUUCCAACGCAUCUAUGAUAGUUACACAGGCUCCAACAAACAAGACAAAUAUCCCGUUGAAGGCUCCUAUUCACAAGUUGUCCACAAGAUAUCCGUUCUGGAUUAGCGGAUUUGAUGACCGAAGCUUGGUAGAAUAUUGUUCCAAGUUACUCGAGUUUAUCCAAAGACGCAAGGACGUAGUGUUGGCUAAUCUGGCCUUCCAAAUAUCUCUCCAAAGCAACCGUACACUCCCCAGGGCCUUUAUUUUUGAUGUUGGUUCUGUUGAUGAACUGGAACAGAUCUUGGCAAGCUUCAUCAAGGGACAGCAAUACGCUCCCGUUACGCCGCCUCCCCCUCGGCCGGUCAUCUUAUGCUUCGGUGGCCAAAUCUCUACAUUCGUUGGUCUUGAUAAAGAUGUCUAUGAGAGUGUAGGAAUCCUCCGCAAGUAUCUGGACCAGGUUGACGCCAUCAGUUCCGCGCUGAGGCAAAACGGCUCUAUUUUACCUGGCAUCUUCCAGAAGGAGGCUGUGGAAGAUAUUGUUGAUCUUCAAACUCAACUGUUUGCUAUUCAAUACUCAGUUGCCAAGGCUUGGAUAGAAGCCGGUGUGAACGUGGCCGCCGUUGUUGGCCACAGCUUUGGUGAACUCACCUCACUUGUGGUAUCAGGCAUUCUGUCUCUUGAAGAUGGUCUUCGGCUCAUCAUUGGUCGUGCUCGCAUCAUCCAGGAAUCAUGGGGCGCUGAUAAUGGGGCAAUGAUGGCUGUAGAAGGCGAUCUUCAAGUUAUCAAUGAUCUUCUGAGUGUGGCCAACAAGGACAAUGUAGACUCCCCUGCCACGAUUGCUUGCUACAACGGCCCGACAAGCUUCACACUGGGCGGCUCAGUAGAAGCGAUCGAUCGAGUUGAGGCCACCCUAGCAAACGAUGCUACUUUCCGAGGCACGAAGACCAAAAGGCUCAACGUCACCAAUGCGUUUCACUCUACACUCGUCGAACCUCUGAUCGAUCAGCUUACGCAACUUGGGGAGACUCUUAACUUCAGAAACCCGAUUAUACCAUUCGAGCGCUCCACUGAGAGUGAUCACGUAGGAAAGCUAGGAGCUUCUUAUGUUGCUGAGCACAUGCGCCAGCCCGUCUUCUUCAAUCACGCGCUUCGCCGUCUCUCUCAGAAGUACCCUAAUGCCAUUUAUCUAGAGGCCAGCUCCAACUCUACGAUCACGAUAAUGGCUAGCCGCGCUUUAGGCAAACCUGAAGGCUGCCACUUCCAAGCUCUUAGCAUCAAUGCCGGGAACGGUCUUCGGCCACUGACCGACGCCACCAUCAAUCUUUGGAGAGAAGGCAUUAACUUGACGUUUUGGCCCCAUCACCGCAUCCAGACCGCUGAAUACACACCCAUCCUAUUGCCUCCUUAUCAGUUUGAGAAGUCUCGGCAUUGGAUGGAGCUCAAAGAUGCCCCAAAGCUUGAAACGGCACCAACGCCCGCCGAGAGGCCCAUCUCUAACGAAAUGUGGGAGUUUAUCAGAUUCGAGGACAAUGAGCAACGAUCUGCUCUAUUCCGCAUCAACAGUGAUUCCAAGGAAUUCAUCGAAUACGUCUCUGGCCACAAAGUUGCUGGUAGCGUCGCGCUCUGUCCCAGCAUUCUCCAGAUCAGUAUCAUCACCGCGGCCCUGAUCAGCAUUCUGCCAGGUUUCAAUGACUCCAAAUUGCAACCACACCUCAAACACAUGAUCAACCAUGCACCCAUGACCAUCAACACGAGCAAAACUGCGUGGCUAAGAGCCGAGGCCAUCGACGUCCACAGGCUUGUGUGGGACUUUAGUGUCGUGAGCCAAGACACAGACAAACCAUCAGGUCCCUUCCUUCUGCAUUUCUCAUUGAGACUCACGCUGCGAUCCGUCGAGGACGAGGACUUCAAGAGCGAGUUUGCGCAGUUUGAGCGACUCAUUACAGUCAAGCGACCCCGCAGCCUCCUCAACGGCAAUAUCGAUGUCGACGAGGUCAUCCAAGGCCGAAAUGUCUAUCGAGCCUUUGCUGAUAUUGUCGACUACAGCGACAAGUACCGAGGCGUUCAGAAAAUUGCAGGGAGAGACUCCGAGUCGGCCGGGCGCGUGUCGUGGCCACACAACCCGAAGCACUUCUUCAACAUUGGCCUGGCGGAUUCGUUCCUCCAAGUCGCCGGCAUUUAUGUCAACUGCAUGACAGAUCGCUCGGAAAAGGAGAUGUUCAUAUCGGACAGGAUUGAGCAGUGGAUCAGGUCUCCGAGACUGGUCCCUUCAGCUGCCCGCCCCAACCAGUGGGAUGUGUAUGCCUGCCACCAUCAGCCUUCCCAGAAGGAGUAUCUGUGUGAUGUCUUUGCUUUUGAUGCCAAUACAGGAGAGCUCGCUGAAGUUAUCAUGGGUCUCCGGUUCCAGCGUGUCAGCAAAGCUGCUCUUGUGAAGAUGCUCGGCGGCAGUCAUCCUUCGCCGGCCGCUGCCCCUUCAAAGCCUGUGGCUGCAGUUUCUCACACCACUAACGUGGUCAAUGGGCAUUCCACUCCCUCAAAGGCGCCCGUAGCUGUGGCCUCAUUACAGAAGAAGAAAGCGGUCAAGAAGCGUCCUUCUGUUGAUGUUGUUAAGAUUACCACUGAGAUUCUGAUGAACCUUUCUGGAUUGGAAGCUGAAGAUGUCAAAGAUGACUCUGAGUUGGCAGAGUUGGGUAUUGAUUCCUUGAUGGGCAUGGAGCUUUGUCGUGAGAUUGAAGCACACUUCAAGAUCUCAUAUGAUAGCUCUGAGCUCAAUGACAUUGAUGACUUCAAGGGUCUGAUCCAGUCUAUUUCCAAGGCUAUCGGCACCGAUGUUACUGAGGAAGAUGAUGAAGAGGCUCCAGAGCUCGCUACCAACGGCCAUAUCGCAACGCAUGUUCUCAACGGUGUCAAUGGGAAUAGCAAUCACGGAACUAAUGGCAACUAUACAGAUGGUGCUCAUACUGAGUCUGAUAGUUCGUCAUCAAUUGGCGAUGCCGGUGACGCAGCUCAGGCCAUUCUCGACGUCUUUUCGAAGGUAAACGCCCAAACCGACGACUAUCUACUAAGGGGAGGCGUAGCCGGAUACGUCGAAAACGUUCUUGACGACUCAAAUGAGCUGGUCAUUGUGCACAUUCUGGAUGCCUUUGAGCAGCUUGGCUGCUCAAUUCGUCACGCAGACGCUGGUACAAAGCUGACACGAAUCGAACAUCUUCCCAGGCACAAGAAGCAGGUAGAUAAGCUCUACCGGUUCCUCAAAGAGGCUGGCCUUGUUGAGGUGGAUGGUGAUACAAUUAUUAGGACUGCCAAGGCUGCUCCCAUAGAAUCUGCUCGAUCCCUCCUUGAGAGCCUUGUUCAGAAGAACCUCAACCAUGAGAGUGAUCACCGAUUGACUUCACACAUUGGUUUCAACCUGGCGGAUUGUUUGAUUGGCAAAGAAGAAGGAAUCCAGCUCAUCUUCAGCUCGCCAGAAGGACGAAAAUACGCGAAUGAGAUGUAUGGCAAAUCCCCCAUCCAAACAGCAUGGAUGGAUGAAAUGAAGGACAUCAUUAAGCAAGUGUCCGAGAGACUUUUUAAUGAAACCUCUGGUCCCAUCAAGAUCUUAGAAUUGGGAGCCGGAACCGGUGGCACGACAUCAAAUCUGAUCGAGGAUUUAUCAAAGAUCGGAAUCCCUUUCGAGUACACAGCAACUGACUUGUCCUCUUCGCUUGUCGCUGGUCUCCGAAAGAGAUUCAAGGGGUAUCCCUUCAUGAAAUUCAAAGUCAUCGAUGUUGAGAAGGAGCCUCCCGCAGAUUUAGUUGGCAGCCAGCAUCUCAUUCUGUCCACGAACUGUGUCCACGCGACGCGAAAUCUCAAGAUCUCGACCAAAAAUAUCCACACCAUGCUUAAUCCCAGCGGUGUUCUCCUCCUGUUGGAGCUAACCAAGCCUCUUUAUUGGUUUGACCUCAUCUUCGGCAUGGUCGAAGGUUGGUGGCUCUUUGAGGACGGCAGAGACCAUGCCCUCGCCAGGCCUGAAUACUGGCAGAAGGUCAUGACAUCUGUUGGAUAUGGUCAUGUCGACUGGACUGACGGAAACCGCCCUGAAAAUGAAAUCCAGCGUUUGAUACUGGCCACGGCCUCAUCAGCAUCGAGGUAUGAUGGACCAUCACACCCCCUUUUGUCGCAAAAGUAUUGGACUGACCUCCCGGCUCGCGAAGCAGCAAUUGAUUCCUACGUGGAGCAAUUCACAGCGGACUUUUCGUUGGAGCCAUCACCUCAGGUUUCCCCAUUGAGGAUGGCUACUUUGGAUGGCUCAUAUGUCGUCUUGACUGGAGCAACCGGAAGUCUAGGAGGUCAGCUGGCUGCACACUUUGCACGCCUCGAGGAGGUCAAAGGAGUGUUUUGUCUGAAUCGAGCAAGUAGGACGGACCCUAUGCAGAGGCAGAAGCAAUCUAUGGAAGACAGGGGCGUCUCAAUUGAUCAGAGAGCUCUGGCGAAACUGAAUGUAUUCGAGACGGACACAUCCAAGCCGUUGCUUGGUCUGUCACCAGCCAAUUAUGAGAUUCUUGUUGGAAAUGCAACAUAUAUUGUGCACAAUGCUUGGCCCAUGAGCCUUACACGAGACAUUCACACAUUCAAGUCACAGUUCCGUGUGAUGCAGAACCUCAUUUACUUGGCACGAGACAUCGCUGCUGUGAGGCAAGGGAAUAAAAAACCCUCCCUUCUUCUUGUCUCGUCCAUUGCAACCAUAGGCUAUAAUUCGUUGCAUAACCAACGCCCACUGGUGCCUGAGCAGCCCAUGACAGUCGAGUCCGUUCUUCCUACGGGCUACGGCGAUGCCAAGUUAGUUUGCGAAAGAAUGAUCGACAGAACACUAGGAAGACACCCAGAUAGGUUCCGGGCUAUGGCAGCGCGAAUUGGCCAGAUUGCAGGUUCUGCCGAGAGCGGGUACUGGAAUCCUACCGAGCAUUUUUCGUUCAUGGUCAAAUCAUCUUUAACCCUCCAAGCGUUGCCUAAUCUUUCUGGGGAGCUGUCAUGGUGCCCAGUCAACGACGUGGCUGCAUCUGUCGGUGAGCUGGUGCUGGCCGAGAACUCGCCGUACCCGAUUUACCAUGUUGAAAAUCCUUCUCGCCAACCGUGGAGCGAGAUGAUUGCAAUCAUGGCCGAUGCUCUCGGGAUUCCUCUAGCCAACGUUGUCCCUUUUGAUGAAUGGGUGGCCAUGGUCAAAGCUUACCCAGGCUCCGCAGAUUCAGAGAACCCAGCAGCCAAGCUGAUUGACUUUCUAGAUCUGCAUUUCCACAGAAUGUCAUGUGGUGGGCUGGUCAUGGACACAACACAUGCAAGGGAGCAUUCGGAAACCAUGGCGAAGGAGCCGCCAGUGAGCGCAGCUCUCUUUCAUAAAUAUGUGGAGGCCUGGAAGGAUAUGGGUUUCUUGUCGCGAUAA